UCUACACAGAGAUCAGGAAUGGCCAUCCAAUGGGUACAGCGUCUUUGAUGGAGGUGCCUCUCAGCUUGGACAUGCUGACCACUGGGCAAUUUGACGGACAAGCAAGCUUUGAUGUGGACAUCGGUAACCUUAAAGUGAACACUAAGUACAGAGUCACUGUCGGAGCGUAUGGUUGGGCAGGGGAGGGUAGACCCAGCAUGCCCAGAGACAUCGGCACUGCUUCACAUGACAUGUGUAUGCCCCCGUCACCCCCCACUCAGCCUGUUGUCAAGGCUGUAUCUGACACAGAGCUGGCGUUGUCAUGGCAGACAGGAGAGAGUGAGGGAAGCGCACCUGUCCUUCACUUCCUGGUGGCUUACAUCAGGCCAGAAAUGGACACAGAGUGGACAUAUAUCCGUGAGCCCAUUGAGACUAACUCCAUGGUUUUGAAGGGGUUAUUACCGGAAACAGAGUACCAGUUUGUUGUCAGGGCGGCCAACGUGCACGGAGUUAGCCCACCCAGCCACAUCAACAACCCCGUGCGCACUGGUGCAUCAGAUGUUGGCAGUGGUGAUUAUGGACGUUACAUCACAGAUUCAAGGAACAAAGAUGAAGAUGGCUUCGACAUUGAUGACUCUGAUUAUGAUAUCUUUAUUGAGGAGUUGAAGCCAUUCCCAGGUAUUAAUCAGGAUAACAGGAAGUCCCAGCUUCGUUCACGCCCUGAUCCGCCAUCUGGUCGGAAUGUUGUUUACCGUAUGAACACCGUCGCUCCUCUCAACGUUACUGCCCCUCCAGCUUCCUCCACCACCUCAUCCAUCUUCCCAGAUUUCACAGAUCUGGUUUUCUCACCUACCUCAGAGCCCAGUAUCAUUAUUGACACCACAACUACUGCCCCACUUACCACUUCCGGCAUCACUUUGCCCACCACCACUACCACCCCAACCAUGUCCCCCUGGAAAGGUGAGGUGCCUCGUGUGUACGACCUGACCUGCGAUGAUACUGUGUGCCCACCUGACAGCUUCUGUCUCAGCGAUUAUGAUGGUGGAGGCUCACGCUGCCACUGUAACCUCGGACGGAGAGGGGACACUUGCUCUGAGGUGGUAUCAGUGAACUUUCCGAGGUUCUUUGGCUACUCUCACAUGACCUUUGAACCCUUGAAGAACUCUUACCAGACCUUUCAGAUCACUUUGGAGUUCAAGGCAGACUCUGAGGAUGGCUUGUUGCUAUACUGUGGAGAGAAUGAACACGGCCGUGGAGACUUUACUUCUUUGGCUCUGGUGCGAGGCAAGCUGCACUACAGGUUUAACUGUGGUACCGGAGCUGCUCAAAUAGUCAGUGAGAGUCACAUUGUUGUCGGUCAGUGGCACACAGUCACUGUCUUCAGAGAUGGAAUGAGUGGCUGGCUGCGUAUGGACAAUGACACCCCAAUAUCUGGGCGCUCACAGGGCCAGUACACUAAGAUCACUUUCCGCUCCCCGCUGUAUGUGGGUGGAUCACCGAGUGCUUAUUGGCUGGUCAGGGCGACAGGGACAAAUCGUGGUUUUCUUGGCUGCAUUCAGAGUCUGACCAUCAACAACAAGGCAACAGACAUCAGACCCUGGCCUCUGGGCAGAGCUCUGAGUGGAGCUGAUAUAGGUGAGUGCAGCGACAGCGUAUGUGACCUGAUCAGCUGUUCCAGUGGUGGUGUCUGCUUUGCAAACCGCGCCGAUGGCUACAUCUGCCUGUGCCCGCUCGGCUUCAGGGGAGCACUUUGUGAAGAGACUUUCUCACUGUUCUCACCUCUCUUCAAUGAGACAGUGUUUUCAUAUGCUGUCAUCCGGUGGCCUCAGUCCUCGCAGAGUUAUCUGUCCUUUAUGGAGUUUGAGCUGACGUUUCAGCCGUCGAUGCCCGACGGGACACUGCUGUACAGUGAGGACACAGGCAGCGGAGACUUCUUGGCUAUCAACCUGGUGGACAGAUAUGUAGAGUUCAGAUUUGACUGCGGCUCUGGAGGAGCUACAAUAAGGAGUGAAGAGCAGAUCAGUCUGGACACAUGGCAUGAGCUGAGGGUGUCUCGUACAGCAAAGAGUGGUAUCCUUCAGGUGGACAGCCAGAGGCCAAUGGAAGGAAUUGCUGAGGGAGCUUUUACUCAGAUAAACUGCAGUUCACCUCUUUAUGUUGGCGGAGUACCAGAAUACGAUAAAACCAAGAGGACAGCAGGUGUGAUAAAGCCCUUCACUGGAAUUAUUCAGAAGCUGAUACUCAAUGACCGCACCAUCCCGAUAACAACUGGCUCAGCUGGUGGAGUUAAUGUAGCAAAUUCAGCUCACCCAUGUGUGGAAAGUCCCUGUGCCAACGGAGGGACCUGCAGGCCAAAGUGGGACAGUUACGAAUGUGACUGCCCUCUAGGCUACGAUGGGAGGCACUGCCAGAAAGAGUGUGGGAAUUACUGUUUGAACACUGUGACUGAAGCCAUUGAGAUUCCGCAGUUUAUUGGCCGAAGUUACCUGACAUAUGACAACAGAGAUAUCCUGAAAAGGGUGUCUGGGUCCAGGACAAACCUUUUCAUGCGUUUUAAGAGCACAGCCAAGGAUGGCCUAUUGCUAUGGCGAGGAGACAGUCCAAUGAGACCCAACAGUGACUUCCUGUCGAUGGGGCUUCAGGAUGGAGCACUAAUCUUCAGUUAUAACCUGGGCAGCGGUGCGGCUAACAUUGCUGUCAACGGGACCUUUACCGAUGGAAAGUGGCACAGAGUCAAAGCUGUGAGAGAUGGACAGUCAGGAAAGCUGACAGUGGAUGACUAUGGAGCAAAAACAGGCAGGGCACCUGGAAAGAUGAGACAACUCAAUAUCAAUGGACCCUUAUAUGUCGGUGGCAUGAAAGAGAUAGCUCUUCACACAAACAGACAGUACAUUGGAGGCUUGGUGGGCUGCGUGUCCCACUUCACACUCUCCACUGAUUAUCACUUAGCACUGGUGGAGGAUGCUGCUGAUGGCAAGAACAUUAACACCUGCUCCAACUAGAAAAUUGCUUCAAUACAUGAAGGUCCCUGUUCAGCAACAUUUUCAACUGGAGCGAACACCUCA